AUGGCUCAAUUCUACCAAAUAGUUGGGCAAGGACAAUCAUUAACUCUUGAAGAUUUGCAAAGAUAUUGUCCCAAUCUAAUAUGUUCCGAUGGAAUAAUAGUCAAUCAAGAUGAUCAGCAAUAUCCACAACAACAGGUGGUAGUCCAACAAGCUGAGCAACCUAGUGAUAUAAUUGUAAGUGAUGCUGUUCAACCUCAGCUAGUAGUUGGUGAUGGAUUGCAAUAUCAACAGCAAUACAUCAUUCGUCAUGAACCACCUCCUCAACAACAACGAGCAGAUUUUCAACAACAACAACAGCAGCAGCAGCAACAUCAACAACAAGCCUUACAUAGACAUCAGGUGUACUACACAUCUGAUUUGCCUAUGGAUGCACAAGUUGCGCUGCAACAAGCUCACCAAAUUAUUGAUGCAUCACAACGUCCACAACAUUUGGUGAGUCCUGCCCAUGUACUAUCUCAACCAACUGUGAUACACCCCGCGCAACCACCACCACCUCAACCACCACCUCCGGCUCAACAUGGACCUCCACAAACUCCCCCGCAACAGCAGCAGCAGCAGCUAUCUCGUGCGUCUCCUCAACUUAUGCAGCACUUGCAACACCAACAGCAGAUCCAUUUGCAACAAUUGCAACAACAACAACUACAACAUCAGUUACAACAACAACAACAUCAGCACUUACAAUCCCAGCAAAUACAACCUCAACAGAUACAACAUCAAAUUGUGAUGCACACUGCCUAUGUCAAUCAAGCGGGAACACCAACACGACAAGCGCCGCCGAAGUUGCUCAACCAGGCGCUGAAUAACCAAGGCGGGGUGACGCUGGUGCGGCCGCCGCGCGCCGCGCGCCCGCGCCGCCCCGCGCUGCGCUCGCCGAUGCCCGCCCCGCCUCUGCAAGUGCCUCCUCGCCUUUUGAACCCUCAAAUUCAACAAAGCCCACAAACGCCAACCGGCGGUCGCGGCGCGGCGCCGAGGGCGCGGGCCGCGUCGCCGCGCGUGCUCAACCCGCACGCGGCGCACGCGCAGGCGCGGCCGCCGCGCCCGCGCACGCCGCUGCUACAGCAGCAGCAGCAACAACAACAACAGCAGCAGCAACAACAACAACAGCAGCAUCAACAACAUCAACUAACACAGCAUGUCAUCAAUCAUCCACAACAAAUACAGCAACUCAAUCAAUUAAAACUAACAACUCAACAGCAACAAAUUUUAAUAAAUCAACAAAAUCAAUCGCACGGGCAACAACCAGCGCGGAUAAUAACACCACAAGGCACCAUAGUGGCGCAAACACUGCAGACUACAAUGACGCAGCAUCACACCGUGCAGACGAACCAGAACGGACCACUACCUCAACAGACCCUCAACUCGACACCUCAACGCGCAUCUCCCCAACAAGUACAGCAAGUACAACAACAAGUGAAAAAAGUUACUGUUCAACCUAACAAUGCAAGUGAAAUGGAUCUAGAAGAAAGUAUAAAAGCGGUAAUAGUCCAAAAAAAUCCAGUCACAGAAAAUCAGAAUCCACCCCAACAGUUCCAAACACCCCCACCCUUAAGGCAAAACCACAGUCUCACCCCCGGACCGAGUAUAAAUCAGCAACAUCAAAUCAACUUCAACCCUCAACAUGGCUUCCAGCAACAAAUAGCGUUCGACCACUCGCAUUUACAGCAACCGUCACAAUUACUAAUGGAACCGGAAAAUCCAGAGGAAGAAAGACAGUUUAUUCCCUUGUCGAAUGGUCAAAGAAUGUCAGUAGCGGAAUACAGACGGAUACAAUCGUCACGUGUAAUGUCGCAACAACAGCAACAGCAAACAAGGGAAAGUGGACGUCAAACGUUAGUGAGAAGUAAAGAACAACAAAGACCUGUACAAAGAGUUCCUCCAAUGCAAACACAACCACAAUCUAAUCAUCUACCAGAAAAUAAUGAGGCUAUCAGCGGGCCGUCAGAACAAACAUCUGAGCCGCAAUCUGCUAAAAUGUUAAUUUUUUUACAAAAUGGAGAACAAAGACUCAUUACGUUUACAUUACCUAAGGAAAGCUGUACGCUACAAGAAGUCUUAGAGCAGGUCAAUGUUCCUUUUACGGAAGAAACUAAUAUACAGUGUAUGCAAAAUACUAGUAGUGAAAUAGAUUACUUUGUAUCUGUAGGCUCCACUACGAGGAUUGAGGAGAUGUUAGAAAACCAUCCAAUGCUAGUUGGUGAUAUUAGUAGUAGAAGUUCCCCAAGUGUAUUAUCACAACCGCCAAAUAGUGAAAUAUCAACUCCAGAAAAAGGGCCGUGCCCUGAAAAUGUAAACAACAGCCCGCCGUCGCCCGAGCAGCGCUCGCCGCCGCCGCGCUACGUGGAGGGCAUGCUGGCCGUGUGCAAGCUGUGCGGCUACACCGGCUACGACUUCAGCCGAUGUGAACGAUGUAAAAGAGUAUUUACUGAAGAACCAAAAAGUGUCCUUGCAAGUAAAAAGGUAGAACAAAAGAAAAAAGAACCUGAAAAAUUAAUAUUAGAAAAGCAAAUCCCACCAGAUGGUAUUAAACUGAAUUUAUUGAAGACAACAGUUAAAAAUUUAAAUAAUAAAAAUGUCGUUCAAGACAAAAAACCAACGAGAGUACGGAAGCCUAGAGGGAAGCAGCCUGAUCCUGAACCAGUCAUAUUAACUUUAAGUUCCGACGAGGAAGACUCAAAUAGUUCAAUAUUUAAUCACCAUCAAGAACAACUGGUUAACACAAAGGAACCUUCCCUAAGUGAAAUUGAAGGCGGCAGUUCAGACGGCGGUGGAAUUGAUAACAUGGAUGAAGCCAGUAGAGAUGAAAUUUCUCCAGCACUGCAAGGUAUUGAAGCAUUUCUUAAUUGUAGGACUAUCAGAAUAGGUUCAUACAGGUAUACACCAAAAGAAAAGGUACACAUAUCAGUAAAAGGAAUAAAAAUUGUUGCCCCAUCAUUGAAAAAUGAGUCAAAAGAUGUGGCUAUUCAAAUCCAAUUUAAAGAAAUAGUUAAAAUAUUAGUACAUUUUGGUAAAGGCCUCCCUGUUAUUUUUUUGUAUACUAUGAACAAAUGUGGUAUUUUUAUAAGAAAAGCUUUAGAUAUGGUGGAGGAAUCAGGUCUAUAUUAUAAUCCUACGUCUGAUGAAGAUCCUUAUAAAAGAAUAACCCUGUUACCUGAAGUAAUAACAGAUGAAACAAAAGCUGCCUUAAAAACAUUAUUUCAUAAGGCAAUAGAUGAGUUAAAUGUGAAAGAAGCAAAUGAAAUUCUUGUCAGGACAUGUCCUAAAGAAAGUAAUAAUGUUUCAAAAUUAACUACCAAAUCAAUGAGUGCUUCCAUUUCUUCUGGACCAAAAAGUUCUAAUCCUGCUGAAAUUCGUCAAAUUUUAAUAUAUCCACCUGGCAAAGGUGGAAUUCCUAUAAAUACAGAAGAUUACAUGUGCCUAGCUCAAGAUCAAUUUUUAAAUGAUGUCAUUAUUGACUUUUAUUUAAAAUAUUUAGUUCAUGAUAUUUUAACUCAUAUUCAGAGAGAAAAGACUCACAUUUUUAGCACUUUCUUUUAUAAAAGGCUGACUACGAAACCAAGUAAAGUGAACAGAAAUUCAAAUCCUCAUGAAUGGGACAGUAGUUUAACACCAGCUCAGAAACGACAUGCGAGAGUUAAAACUUGGACAAAGAAUGUGAACAUUUUUGAGAAAGACUUUAUUGUAGUUCCUAUUAAUGAAAAUUGUCAUUGGUUUGUGGCCAUCAUUUGUUAUGCUAGCUUAGAUGGAUGCAGAAGUAUGAUAGAUAAUAGAACUGUUACUCCUCAAGAGAAUAAAAAGAAAGAAAGAAGAUCUUCAAUGCAAAUAGGUAGUACAACAAUAACACCUCUAACGAAACAAGAACAGCUUACAUUAAAUUGUGAUUCGGACAAUCUUAGUGAAAGGGAUGAAGCUGAAGCAGAGGACAGUGACUUAGAUAUGCAAUGUGACUCAGAUGAGGAAGAAACAGAAAAACAACCAGAGAAAAAACCAGAAAUACCUUUAAUUAAAAAAAAUGAUCCAAUAAAACAGCCAUGUAUACUAAUAUUUGACUCGCUAGCGGGUGCGUCUAGGUCAAGAGUUGUAGCGACGUUACGUGACUAUCUCACAUGUGAAUACCAGGCAAAGAUCUCAAAAAGCAAAAUUUUUAAUAAAGAUAAUAUGAAAGGGAGUUGCCCCAAAAUACCACAACAAAAUAAUUUCACUGACUGUGGAUUGUAUUUAUUACAAUAUGUUGAACAAUUUUUUAAGGAUCCUGUUUCUGAUUACACACUGCCAAUUAAACAACUAGCAAACUGGUUUGAUGAAAUAGUUGUAACACGGAAACGUGAAGAAAUUUCUAAGUUACUAAAAACAUUAAUGCACAAAUAUAAUCCAGACUCGCAUUUACAUUUACCUGAUAUUAAGUUUCCUACAUUAAAUGGUGUUUUGGUUGAAACUGAAGAACAACAAGAAGAUGGUGCAGAUGCUGACAACAAAGGUUCAACAAGUUUGAAAAUACAAAAAUGUGAUUUGAAAGAUGCAGACGGGCCCAUUAUUUAUGUAAAACAAACAUCGACUGGUGAAAUGUUAGUUAAACGAAAUUUUGUUGACACUUCUGACACAAUUCAUGCGAGAAAGAGAAUGAUAAGACUCACUAGUGACAGUGAAAAUAGAUCUGUGAUGCAAAUCAAACCGAAAGUG